GUUCAGUUUUUUUAAACAAUUUCUUUAACUGAUCCUAAACGCACACAUUUACCCAAUGCGCAGCGCUAAUCCUGUGGAAUAAUUUACACAGUGAAUGACAGAGUCUCUUGGAAGCUUCCUUUAUAAGCGACAGCUCUGGUCCCCAUGUCCAGUCUGCUCAACCUUCAACCUGACCAACACACCUCAUCCAUACGUUCAACUGGACGGAUUUUUCAAAGUUUUGCCUGUAAUUCCUCGAUGGCAUCCAAGAUGAAGGACAGGAAGAGAACUCCAAUCUCGCACAAAGUGAUCGAGAAGAGAAGACGGGACCGCAUCAACCGCUGCCUGAACGAGCUUGGAAAAACCGUUCCAAUGGCUCUGGCGAAACAGAACUCUGGAAAGCUGGAGAAAGCUGAAAUCUUGGAGAUGACGGUCCAGUACCUUCGAGCGCUCCACUCAGCAGAUUUCCCGCGCGGGAGAGAAAAGGGAGAGCUGUUGGCCGAAUUUGCAAACUACUUCCACUACGGAUACCACGAGUGCAUGAAGAAUUUGGUGCAUUACCUGACCACAGAGGACAGAGCGGAAACAAAAGACAUCAAGUACGCGCGGAUUCUUGCGUUUCUACAGUCAAAGUCUCGUGUGGUCACCGAGCCCGUCUUUGGCUCCGUGGGCGCACUUGUGGAACCGUCUGACUAUCUGAGCCAACUCCACUCCUCGCCGGAGCACCAAAGCCACAGCCCCUCCGAGUAUCAGCAGAGCCCGCCGGGGGCCUUCUCGUGGCACGGCUCCACCCGCAGCCAGAGCAUCUCGUACCCAACGGUGCCUCUCUCCGCGCACACGCAGCAGCACGGAGGAUACUUGUCACCGGGGCUCGAUCAUCAUUAUUUUAACUUCCUGGGCCACACUCACGCGAACGCAUUCAGUCUGCACAGCGCGCAGCACGCCAUGUGAAUUCUUUAGACGCUUUUCUUGAUUUUAUUUAUGCUGUAGAUCAUGUACAUGUUGUGAAUAAAUACAAUAUUUCUUACUAAAAAUUUUUUGCACGUGUUAAUUGUUACACACCAACGUCAGGGCUGUGCGUAAAAUGUAAACUUGUUACAAAUGAGGCCAAUCUGAGAAA